AUGACUGAAAAACGGACCGUCUCUUACGAAUCCACCCUCAGUCAAAGCAAACCCCUUCAGAACACGUUGGUUACUCCACUCCCUGACGGAAGUAAGGCUGUCUCUUACAGUCAUGCUUCCGCCGAGGAACACAGUAACAGAAUUGCUACUCCAAACUCAGGAAUAGUUAACUCUGUGGGUCCGGAAGGGGAUGUUUUGACCAGUAAAACGUCUGUCUCUUACAGUCUCACCUCUAGUCAAGGCAGACCUCUUCCUGACCCUAAAAGUACUCAAAUCCCCAGCGGCAGUGUAGCUGUCUCUCAUAGUUCCACCUCCGCUGGAGAGGAAAGCAAAAGAGCGUCCCGUAAUGACAUAAGGAACGCAAAGGGGAUCUAUAGAGCAUUAAGGUUGAUACCUAUAGCCGAACGGUCCCCAGAGCAAUCCAGCAAGUUAGAAUGGGCAAAAGCUAUUCUCAGCAAAAGAUUGACCAGCAGCGACUUAACGUCAAAGCGACAAAGGUCUGUUGAGGAUUCCGUCUCGGAAUCUAAAAGACAAAAAGUGCAUAAUUCGAGCACUCACACUAGGAAAGACCUGUCCUUUAGUGACGUUCUUAAGGACAAGUCUAUCCUCGCAGUUAUCGAUAGAAGUAAUGUCGAUGGCAUGAUCUCUUUUGACCGUUGGACGAUGGUCUCAAACAAACUGCAGAUCUCCUACUGGACUCUCAUGAUGGAGAACCCGGGUGAGCCUGCAGUUGUUGAGGACGCGGGAUGGCACCAAGGCCGCGUCAAGCUCGUCGCAUUCGGUGACAAGAGAUCAUGCGAUCUAUAUAAGCUUGCUAUCAGCAGACUAGAGGGGCUAUGGCCUGAUGCCAAGCUAGAGGUUGUGGCAAAGGAAGACAUUCCUUGCAGACCUAGAGCUCGCAUCAGUAUCCCAGCUGAGCUAGCCUGCAAAGAUACUGUGCUCAAAAUGAUCCAGUUUGGAAAUCCAUCCCUACCCACUCACGACUGGAAAGUCGCAAAGCUGGAGGAUUUUUGA